CCUCUGGUGCCUUUUCCUCUUUUUGAUCUAGUGCUCUCGCGUCGGCCUUCUUGGGCCCCUUUCCCUGUGAGGUUUCCCUGUGUCAUGUCUCUGCUUCAGACUCCAACCUAACGCAUGAAACUUCCCUCUCUUUGCUAGCCAGUUCCCAGCUCCGCCACCUUCGGCUUGAAUUGGAUCUUCUUCCUUUACUUUCGGCAACUGAGGUCGUCUUCUCCUGAGUCUCCUGGGCCAUAAUGGCAGUCAAGUGGACUGGUGGACAUUCUUCUCCUAUUCUCUGCCUGAAUGCAAGUCAGGAAGGAUUAGUGGCUUCUGGAGCAGAGAGCGGUGAUCUCAUGGCCUGGGGUGAAGAUGGGACUCCUUUAGGACAUACACGCUUCCAAGGGGCUGAUGAUGUUACCAGUGUCUUAUUCUCUCCCUCCUGCCCCACCAAGCUCUAUGCAUCACAUGGAGAAACCAUUAGCUUACUGGAUGUCAGAUCCCUCAAAGGUUCCUUGGACCAUUUUCAUGUGAAUGAAGAAGAAAUCAAUUGUCUCUCAUUGAAUGAAACUGAAAACCUGCUGGCUUCUGCUGAUGACUCCGGGGCAAUUAAAAUCCUAGACUUGGAAAAUAAGAAAGUUAGCAGAUCACUGAAGAGACAUUCCAAUAUCUGUUCCUCUGUAGCUUUUCGGCCUCAAAGGCCUCAGAGCCUGGUAUCCUGUGGACUGGAUAUGCAGGUAAUGCUGUGGAACCUUCAUAAAGCACGGCCACUCUGGAUUACAAAUUUGCAGGAAGAUGAAACAGAAGAGAUGGAAAGCCCACAAUCACCUGGUCAGCUUUUAAACCCUGCUUUAGCCCACUCUGUGUCUGUGGCAUCAUGUGGCAAUAUUUUUAGCUGUGGUGCAGAAGAUGGUAAGGUUCGAAUCUUUAGGGUGAUGGGAGUUAAGUGUGAACAAGAACUGGGAUUUAAGGGCCAUUCUUUGGGAGUAUCCCAGGUCUGCUUUUUGCCAGAAUCCUAUUUGCUGCUUACUGGAGGGAAUGAUGGGAAGAUAAUGUUGUGGGAUGUAAGCAGUGAAGUUGAAAAAAAACAGAAGAGUCCUACAAAACCUACUCACAGGAAGAAAACUAAAAGAGCAGCUUAUACCAAGCAGGGUGGAAGCACUCAUGCUCCAGUAGCAGAUGAAGAAGAACAUGGCAAAAUUUUACCAAAGCUAAGUAUUGAACAUGGAGAAAAGGUGAACUGGCUCUUGAGUACAAGAAUAAAGGGAUACCAAAAUAUAUUAGUAGCUGAUCAAACUAGUUGUAUAUCUGUAUAUCCCUUAAAAGAAUUCUAAAUCCAAUAAAAUUAUUUGAAAAACUGCA